AUGGACGCGCACGAUGAGGACCUGCGGUUGGCUCUCGAGCUCUCCCUGGUGGAGUCGCUCCAAGCCCCAGGUCCCACGACGCCGUUGCGAUCUAGCGCCACGUGGGCGAGAACGAGCACGCAAAUCGCGGCGGGGCGAGAUGAAGAUGAAGAAAUGGCCAGGAUUUUGCGGCUCGGGCGGGAGGAGCAGGUGGCCGAGGAAGAGCGCAUGACGCGACUCGCCCAACGCGAGUCCGAGCGAGAGCACCAGGAGUUUCUCGAGCAACCCGCAACCCUUGCCGAGGUUCAGCAAUGGACCACAGACGAUGUGUGCGCGUGGCUGGAGAGGGAGGGACUGGGCCGCCACGCCAAGGCCUUCCGAAACGAAGUGGUCGACGGCCCGACCCUGCUCGAGAUCGGCGACACCGAGCUGGCCAGCUGUCUCGGCCCGCACGCCUCCAAAACCAGCCCAAGCCAAACCAACCACAAUCACACCUUCAGCAACCGCAGCCACUACACCAACAACUGCACUUUCAGCCUCAGCGACGGCAACAGCAUCCACGUCAACAAAGCCCACACCAGCAGCAACGACAGCGAAAACGAGAAAGAGAACGAGAAGAGCAGGAGCGAGAGCGAGAGCGGAGGAAAAGGGAGGAGCGAGAGCGAAGGGAGGAGGACGCACGUCUCGCCCGAGGAAGAGGACACACUGCUGGCGAAGCAGCUCGAGCUCGAGUCCAGCCUCGAGGCCGGAGAAGUGAUGGACCUCACCGCUCUCGAGGCCGUUUCUGCUGCUGCCGACGCCGCGGCCGCCGCACCACCGGUCCCUGCCCCGAUCGCGAGGCUCGCCCCAACCCGGCCUGCGCCGCCGUUGCCGCUCUGGUCGCUCCUCACUCAGCGCCUGGCCCAUGCCACGCAGGACGCAGAAGACCACCAGAUGUCAUACGAGGACUUGGUCAGCUUGCCGAACGUGGCCGUGGGCGUACGCGACAUCGACCGGCUACCCACGAUGACCUUCAGGGCGGGCAUGACCUGCGAACCGUCGUGCGUGAUCUGCCUGAGCGACUUCACCACUGGCGACACCCUUCGGCGGAUGGAGUGCAUGCACGUCUUCCACAAGGAGUGCGUGGACAAGUGGCUUCAGCAGAGCAAGAAGUGCCCCAGCUGCAACCGUGAGAUGGAUCUCUAA